AAUACAGCCCCAACAUCUGGUGAAGCUGCAGCGGCUAACUCUACAAAUCAAAAAAAUGGCGGAGGAAAUGCAAUUGUGAUCAGUUUGUUGUUCAGAGGUGGUAAUGGCGGUCCUCAGAACGGAGUAACUGCAGCGCCAAAGGAAGAGCCAAUUCCUAAGGACAGCACGGAACCUCAAAAUGAGCUCCACAAACCAUUGGAAACGAGUCAGCGUGAUAAGUCCACCGACGGGCCAGCCCAAGCUGGAAAUGACCUGGACCACCGCCAGAGAACAGAACCGGCUGAAAAAGAAGCCCCUCAACCUAUGACCGAACAGAAGACGCUUGAUAGUAGUCAACCUAGUGUCGCAGAACCAGCUGUAAUCAACUUGGUGUACAAGGAGACUCAACAGAAGCAAGAGGAACCCACCAAAUCGCCGCCGAAGUUGGAGGAACCCAGUGCAGAGCCAGCAGUGAUUAGCAUAGUGUAUAAGGACCCAUCUGAAAAAAGAGUAGAGACACAGAAAGAUGAAAUCAAAAUGGGAGUUCCCAAUGAGCAACCAUCAGCCGUCUCUGCACCUGCGGGUGCCACGAAGGACGGAUUGCUGAGCGCUGGAGCGGACGCCACGAAGGACGGAUUGCCGAGCGCUGGAGGUUUGAAAUUAGAGCCGAAAGCGGAAGCGGUUCCUAUACCAGUUGAAGUGUUCACUCCGUCGCGAAGUCCCUCAGCUGAGAGGAUUGUAGAAAAUGCCACUACAGCAGCUGCAGCUGCUGAUGAGCCAGUUCUAAUUGAUCACACUACACCAGAGAUUCUGGAGCAAGCUGCUGAGAAUCGUGUGCACUUCAAAGAGGAAGAGAAAAAGCCUGCGGAUGUGGCAAAUAGGAGCGGAGCGGAAGUGAGCGAUGAACAACAACAGAGGCCGAAGGAGACUGAACAACAACAGAGGCCGAAGGAGACUGUUGCGGGAACGACGGAAGCAAAGAACAUCGCCCAAACGUCGGGCGAGCCCAUUAGGGAACUCAAUGGCAGCGCGGCACUCAGUGCAAAUGGAACCACUGGGAAACCGGCCAUUAUCUUCGAAGAUGUGCACAAAACAAUUGAGGACAUGGAUCAACUUCCUCCUCCACCAGAAUUACCCAUCGGCAGGCUCGCAAAGUAUGUAGAAAGCGUAAUCAUCGGCGAAGGGAUAGUGAAAUACGUGACUGGAAGUGUAGUAUUGCCAAAUGGUACUGUUUUGGUAACUGACGAAGAAGAAGAUAAAGGAGCCUGCCUGGAGAAAACCACGAAGUCCAAUUUACUACAAGGAGCACGUGCUGGUAAGUGA